ACCGCAGGGCUUGUGGCGGUCAGUGACCUCAUUCGUGGGGCUGUGUAUGCUCUCCAGUACACUUCCUGGGAACCCCAGGGCCUCUGGGUGACUGUAGGCACAUCCCUGUCCCCCAGAGGGCUGGCUGUGGAUGCUCUUGGCCACUUCCUGGUGACACACUACUUACCUGGAACCGUUCACAGCUUCAUGUUAGGACCAACCUGGGAGCCCCUUGUUUCAACCUCCACGCUAGGUCUGGAGGGCCCUUGUUGGGUAGGUCCAGGGCCUGAUGGGGGCUUUGCUGUGAGUGAAGAGUCUGGGGAUGUACAACUGUUUGGCAGUGCCCACCAGCCUCUGGGCUCCCUAGGAACCCUGACUGGGCAUACCUUUGGCCACCCAGCGGGUGUGUGCUCUGAUGCAGAGGGUAGCAUUAUUGUGGCUGAUGAGCAGAGGCACCAAGCGACUGUGUUUCCCCGGGUUGGGCCACCCAUCUUUUUGCAGUUGGAGGGACUAAAGAGGCCCGUGGGUAUGGCCUGUGCCCCCCAGGGCCAACUAGUGGUGGCAGAUGCAGGGGACAACUGCAUCAAGGUGUACCAGUAUCUAGGGGAGAUGGCCUGCCGGUAGGCUCUGGGGAAAAUAGCCCCUUGCUAGGACUGGCUGGGCCUGAGUCUUCUGUACUAUCAUGGAAGGUUGGUUAGGCUCCUUGGGGCCUGCUGAGUCUUCUUCUUGACACCUGGUCUUAGCUGUCUUUGUGAUUUCCUCUUGGCAAGUGCUCCUAUCUACACAGAAACCAUGAAUCACCAUCUCUUGAUGAGGUUCUAAACUGGGCCAUCCCCACUUCCCUAUUAAGUAUGCUCAUAGCUUUUCAUGCCCCUAAAACCCAAGGCCACUCAGUCCCUGGCUCUGCUGAGCUUUGAGGCAACACUGGAAGCUAUAGAUCCUGGGAGCUGAGGCUGUCUGUCAGCAGAUAGCUAGGCAAGAUCUCCUGCCAGGUGCCCCAACCCCUAUAUCCUAAUCAGAGGCAGGCAGGCAGCGAGGGUGUGGCUAGGCUGGGUUGGGCAGGUUAGGGGAAGGGUGUGGUCCCUUAGUGUUUCCCCCAGCUUCAAAAAUAUUCCCACUCUUGAACCUC